AGGUAUUAACGUUGGCUACAUAAUGUCAUUAACCGACUGUUUAGUUCAAACUGAACUAUUAUUUGCUAUUAUAGAGCUAGUUUAGCAACUGAGAGAUAAUUUGGGCAACGGGCAAUCAGAGUACAAAUUGGCUGCAUUUAAAGAUAAAAUAAUUUAGUCAUACAGAAGACUACAUCUUCUCCGCCAAGACCAGUAAUUCAGAAAUUUCACAUUUUCCCAUUCCCAACACUUUCUCUUGUUCUGAGUUUUGUGGUAAACUCCAACAACAAAAAUGGGAGGAGCUGAUCUUUGCAAGGUGGUUGACUCGAUCCUGUUGCUAAUGUUCGUGCUAAUCUCGGUGGCGGCUCCUUUAGUUGACUCGCAGACUUGUUUACCUGAGACCAUAUACCCAGAUUUGCUCGUUCGUAUAUAUAAAUGGUAUGCAGCCGAGUUUCAACAUUUUCUGCUGGUGGAGAAGCCUCAUUUUUUCGUGGCCCUGGUGUGGCUGGAACUUGUUUUCCAGUGGCCUCUCGCUUUGCUUAACGUUUAUGGGAUGUUGGCCUCCAAGCCUUGGUUCAACACAACCUGCCUCAUCUUCGGUGCCUCUUUUAUUACCUCCUUGGCUGCUAUAGUAGGCGAGAUACUGGGAUCCCCGAAGGCAUCAGAUAAACUGUUGAAAUCGUACUACCCUUUUAUGGGAUUUGGUGUUUUAGCCUUGCUACGAGGGCUGCUGCUUCCUGAAUCUCAACCUGCCAAGGAUUCUCUAACCAUUGGCAAUGGACCAGCUCUGGCUAGGAAAAAGAGAGGGCUUGAGCUAAGAUCUUCUUCAAUUUUAUAAUUUAGGACAUUUUGGUUUCAUUUGUAUGAUUACUCCCUGAUUAUAAGUGCUAAUUAAUGCGUUGGCGGUACUGUAUUGUCAGGUGUUUCCUAUAAACACUAAUGAAACAGAAAUCACCAAUACUGGGUUGGUUCAACUUGUAAAUUUGUCUACUUCAGUUGUAAGUUG